AUGGAGAGGCACACCGACUUCAACCCGUAUGUAAAUAACGGAGGAACCGUUGUUUCCGCGGUCUGGAACAACUGCGCGGUGAUCGCCGCCGACACCCGUCUGUCAGUGGGCUACGCAAUCCACACGCGGAAUGCGUCCAAGCUGAAGAAGCUGACCUCGACCUGCGUGCUCGGCACGGCCGGGAUGCAGGCGGACAUGAUCGCUCUCCACGUAACUCUCAUGCGCAGAAUUGAGAUGUACAAGAGCCAACAUUACAAGGAGCCGCCAUUCCACGUUAUCGCGCAGCUGCUGUCUACGAUACUGUACAGCCGCAGAUUCUUCCCGUACUACACGUUUAACAUCCUGUGCGGCGUCGACGAGAACGGCCGGGGAAUUACUUGCGGUUUCGACGCUAUCGGUAACUACGGCUUUGAGCCGUACAUGGCCAAGGGUACAAGUGCGUCGUUGAUCACGUCCGUUUUGGACAACCACUUGACCAGCCGCAACCAGGAGAAGCACGAGGAGAUCAAGUCCCUCGAGGAGCUGAUCAACGUGGUGAAGGGCGCGAUCAGCAGCGCUGUGGAGCGCGACAUCUACACAGGUGACUGUGCCGAGGUAAUCGUCAUCGACUCCAUGGUGCACGAACCAAUUCGCAUGCCGAUGCGAGCCGAUUAA